GGUUCAUCGACUCGCAAAAAAAAUCUCCCAACUGUUUUUUUUUACCGUGCAGUCACAUUAUUUUCGUUCCUCUCACAAAUUAAUUAAAUUGAUUGUCCUUGCGAUGGAGAUGCAACAGGUUUUCGACGGGCUGCAAGCCUCCGUAAGAAAUUUCGUCCGGCAAGAAGUGCCAAUUUCUUUAGAGGAGGAAUUUGGGCGACUUUACGAGGCCCGUAUCAAGCCGAGUUUGGACCAUUCGGCUACAUCGAUAAGCUCCUUGACCCCUCUCGUUAGCGCCUUGACUAACGAGAUGACCAAGUUGCGGAGGCAAGUUCUGGAAUUAACUGGUCAGCAGGAGGUGAACACGACGGCGACAAACCAACGACUGGACAAAUUCGACAAGCGGAUAUUGCACGUCGAAAAGUUAGUUUGGGAGUCAUGUAGAAAACAAGAUAAGGAAAUGAGAGCAGUUUUGGACCGGGUGGCAAGUUUGGAACGGAGUAGGAAUCAAGAUAAGGUGUGGGAACAACGGUAUGUGAAUUUGGGACGGAAAGUUUCUUCUGGAAUGAAGGAAAUUGCCAAGGAGUGGGAGGAGGGACUGGAAAUUGGUGGCGAUGGAGAGAAAAAUGAUGAAUUUGGGCAACGUGAUGGGCAAGGUGGACCGGCUGAUGAUCAAAAUGUGGGAGUGCAAAUUGAAACAUCAAAAACUAUCCGUCCCGACAGCAAUGAUGGUGAAAUUGCAAGUGGAAGUGGAAUUGGACAUAAAGUCGGGACCGGAGGAGAAGAAAAUCUUCCCAAGAAACGUGCCCGGCAAGAUUUAUCCUCACUUCCAUCCACCAGUACUGAGCCCUCCGUCAAGAAGGUUACUCCGGAAAAGAAAAGGGACAAGCUUGGAAAAUUUGUGAGAAGCUUGUCUUUGAGUGGGGCCGAUAAGAACGUGACCAUUACCACGAGGAGGUCCGUCGGCUGGGAAACUUCAAGUCAAAGUACGAAAAAUUCAGCACGGGGACACGGUAACGUUAAGAUGGAACUUGACGACAAAGUCGUGUCGAAAACUGGUCGCAGGCGCCACAGCGUUGAAAAGGUGGCCAAGGUCAAGGUCAACAUCCCCUGUACCAGGUCACGGGCUGCAAGCCACUCUCCGACACGGGAAAAGUUACGACGAUCCAAACGAGGGACAAAGUCCUGCGUAGGUGUGGACGUUGGGAAAAAGAGGACCAGCUUCGGUAAAGUUUUAACCUCUCAGAAACGGAAAUCUUCUGUCAAUUUGGAUUCUCAGCGCGGAAGCAAGAAGAAAAGCGUGGCAGCAGAAGCACCUGAAAACGACGUCGAGUUGGGAGCAGACGAGAGUUUUGCGAUUGACGACUCCAGCGACAAAAAGGACAGAAAUUUCAGACCAAGUAGCGGCGUACGAAACAUCGUCCUUCCCCCCAGGGAAAAACUAGCCCGGCCUUGUACCAAAAUUGCUGCUGGAGAAGGUGGAUCACAGUCGGAUCCCAAUGUUGGGAAGACAUUGUUGAAGUGCGAGUCUGAAGGUUGCUCGGCCACAUUUGCGUCUCAGAACGAGUUGGAUGGUCACAAAAAGGGGCACCUCUGAUAAGUGGGAGUAGAUGAUGUCAUUGUUCAAAUAUUUACUUAAAAGAUGAGGUUACUUCCGGUUUGGUGUGGUAAUGAUGAAGAUUCUGUUAUGCACUUGUGCAAUAAUGUUAAUUUGGUUUAAUUGUUACAUUACUUUUUGUUAAAAAAAACUUGUUAAAUUUAAAGUGUAAACUAAUUUGUAUCAUGUCGGCCAGUUGUUGGUACUUAUAAUAUCAUGUGCCUUAUCAAUUUCAUUAUCAUUUUGUAUUGUGUGUUACUCUUUCAUUACAUACUUUAUUUUGUUUGUAUUUUCUAUUCCGAAAUAAAUAA